UGCUUCUUAUUCAGCACCAAGAAGACGACUUCGGAUUUUCUCCAGAAGCUUAUGAAAUAAUUGAUCCUCUCUUAAAAGAAAUUUGUCGGGAAGCACUUAAAAUUUACUAUCCAACUAACAACCCUAAUUCCCUUGAUGCUGAUAUACUUAGUUUUUUUGGAGGAGAUGGAGACUCGGUUGGCAUUAACUCAACAACAAGCCAACACCUUCGUACUCGACCUGCCAUUAAUGUAGACUAUUUUGAAGGAAAAGGAAAGAAAAAAAGUCCUAUUACUGUGAAUGAAAAGCAAGUUAAUUUAAUAGAAAUUACCGGAAAAAAAGCUAAUACUGCUUAUCAAAAUGGUGAUUUACGAACUGGAAACACCAUUACUAUCACCAAUGUCAAACUUUCUCCCUUUCAAGCAGAAAUAAACAACUAUAAAGAAUUGUCAAUUGGUAAACAUUAUGAAGAAAUUCAGGUUGUUUCUUCAACUUCUCCUUCUCCAGAUAGCCCUCCACCUCCAGCAUUUUUUCCCGAGGAAGUUUGCCAAGAAAUUAGAAAGUUUGGACUAAGACCCUUAGAAAUUUCAAAUGAUGCUUUGUCCUACUUCCAAGAAGAAUUUUUUACCAAAUUAAAUGAAGAACUUGCUUUAGAAAGUCCAAUCAAUCGUGAAAUCAGUGACUAUAACGAAAGGAUUAGACAAAGGAAACUAAGUAUAAAGAAAGUUCUUAAAAGAGUGGGAGUAGGAGAAAAUAAAAAUAACAUAAGCAAUGCUUCUACACUAAAGGCAGCUCGAAAUAUUGCUGAAGAAAGAAUUAGAGAAGCACUAAAAAAGAAAAAUGUCAAACCAGAAA